AUGUUGGAGUUACGCAAAGAUACGAUAGGACGCGCAAGCACCAUCAGUGAGUCGGUCGAAGUGGGUUUACGUUUUAUCGGAAUGUGGCCACAUUGUGUAUACGCGAAUAUCAACUGGUGGACUUAUAUCGUGUCGGUGGCAAUAAUGCAAUAUUUUCAAUAUGCGUAUAUUUUCGCACACUUCGACCUCAGCCAUCUCUCGGUUUUUGUAGAUGGCCUAAGCAUCACAUUCGGCUACAGUUUGUCGUUUCUUAAACUGAUCAAUCUGUGGUUCAAUCGUCGAAAAUUGUUCGCCAUUCUGGAUACAAUGAAUAAAGAUUGGAGCGACGCAAUCCAUUCGGACAUGUCCACAAUGAUCAGAUACGCCAACUGGUCGCGUCAAUGUUCCAAUGUAAUGAUCACCACGAAUGCAUUAGCUGUGUUCUUUUAUGUAAUUGGAGGUUUAAUAUUCCGGUCAAUGAUUCAAAAGAAUGAUGAUUCAAUUCGCGAGCUGCCCAUCAAAAUGGAAUUUCCUUUUAAGGUUGACUAUUUCCCGAUUUUUGAGCUAAUAUUGAUACUUCAAUUCUUUCAUGAUUUAUCUGUAGCUUGUAUCAUUGCUAUGUUGAACGCUUUGCUCGUUACGCUGGUACUACACGUAAGUGGUCAAAUUGAUAUUAUGCUGCAAGGAUUCAUGGAAAUUUCUUCUAAGCAUACAUCAAGAUCUUCUCUAGCUGCUAUUAAAGAUUUAGUUAAUAGACAUCAGAGAAUCAUCGAUUUGUCAGAAGACAUUGAAGACCUUUUCUCAAACAUCGCAUUGUUACAAUUUAUCUGGAAUACUUUGGUCAUCUGUUGCAUAGGCUUUGUGAUUGUAAUAUCUAUCGGUACGGAAGAAGGCGCUACGACGAUAACGAAAUCCCUCAUCUUUUACGUUGCGAUAACUCUCGAGGCAUUUGUUUUUUGCUACGCUGGAGAAUAUCUUAGUGCCAAGAGUAAAUCCAUCAGUGAUGCUGCAUAUGAGUGCUUGUGGUACGAUCUAACUCCCAGCGAGUGUCGAAUCUUGAUGUUCCUUAUGUUGAGAUCACAGAAACGGUUAACCAUCACUGCAGGCAAGAUAACUGAUCUGUCCUUAGAAGGUUUCACAACCAUUAUGAAAUCCUCUGCGUCGUAUAUAUCCGUAUUGAGUGCACUAUAUUAA